CUGCUCUCCCGCCCAGGCCGCCACCGGAACGGCCCGCCUCCGCCGCCGGCGGGACCGCGUAAAGGGGCCGAGCCGAGCUGCCUGCCGGGAGCCGAGACCUCUGCGGAUGUUCGCGGGCAAGCUCCUUCCUCUCCCCGGCCGGGCCGCGUCCUGGCCGGGCCUGCUGGCCGCGCUGGCCGCUGUCUUCUGCACUGAAGCAGGCCGGGGGGAAAAAUUAUGUCCUAAGUCAAUGGAAAACUAUGUGGCGUCAAUGGUGCUGAGCGCAGUUGGUGAUACGCUGGGCUAUUACAAUGGGAAAUGGGAGUUCGAGCAGAGCGGCCCGGCCAUCCACAAGGAGCUGGCGGAGAUGGGGGGACUUGGCAACCUCAGCAUCCAAGGUUGGAGAGUCAGCGAUGAUACCGUGAUGCACUUGGCCACAGCUGAAGCCCUGGUAGCUGCUGGGAAGAACCCAAGUUUAGAGCAUCUCUAUUCCCUGAUUGCAAAGAACUACAAGGAGUGCAUGAAAGACAUGGAAGGCAGAGCUCCAGGUGAAUCGUGUGUGCGGAACGCGCUGAAGCUGGAUCCGGAGCAGCCCAACGGCUGGAGGAUCCCAUUCAGCCCCAGGGGGGGAGGCUGCGGGGCCGCCAUGCGCUCCAUGUGCAUCGGGCUGCGCUUCCACCGCCCUGACCAGCUGGACACCCUGGUGCAAGUCAGCAUCGAGAGCGGCCGGAUGACCCACCACCAUCCCACCGGCUACCUGGGGUCCCUGGCUUCGGCCCUCUUCACGGCUCUCGCAGUGAACGGCGUUCCCCCCCGGGCCUGGGGGAAGAGGCUGCUGGAGGUGCUGCCGCAGGCGAAAGCUUACGUGCGGGACACCGGCUUCUUCGUGGAGCAGAACAUGGAGCAAUGGCAUUACUUUGAAGGGCAAUGGGAGAAAUACCUGGCAGAGAGAGGCAUAUCGGACGGGGUCUCGCCGCCCACCUUCCCCGCCCAGUACGGCGUGGAAGAGAGAGACGCCUUCUACACCUCCCUCAGCUACGACGGCUGGGCGGGCAGCAGCGGGCACGACGCCCCCAUGAUCGCCUACGACGCGCUGCUGGGGGCGGGGGACUCCUGGGCAGAGCUGGCUCACCGGGCCUUCUUCCACGGCGGCGACAGUGACUCCACCGCCGCCAUCGCGGCCUGCUGGUGGGGGGUCAUGUACGGCUUCCAAGGGGUCAACACCUCCCUCUACACCCACCUGGAGUACCGGGACCGCCUGGAGAAGGUGGCCAGGGAUUUGUACCACCUUGCCUAGGGUGGGGGCAGCAGGACCAUCCCCCCCCGCCACUGCUGCCUCUCACUCUGUCAGGCUUUUGCAAACUUUAUUUGGCUUCAAGCACAAGCCAGAGUGAGGCCUGCUUUUUCUGCUUGCCUGUGGUGGCUUCAGCGGAGAGGUUCUUUUGGAGCUAGCAGCUUGGGGCUUGUGGGUGGUGGAGAAAGCAGUUACAAGAGGGGUUGGUGGGAACACGCAACGGUGCUGCUGUCCCUCGAGCAGCUCAGCUCUGCGAUGUCCCUUCCCCUCAGCGUGGCGGCUGCACGUCCUCUGGUCCUUGGGAGCAGAGCACCCACUGCAGCUUUGCUCGCCACGCUCCAGCAGCAGGAGACAGGCAGCUAAAACCACACAAGCUGCCCCAAAGCAGUGUCCUGCCCAUACGAGCGUGCCAGAGGGGGACAGGGACACAUAUCUGGCCACAGGCAGCGUACAGGGGCUGGCAGAGAUGCCUCGUCAAACCCAUUGUGGCUAGCACCAGCUUGCCACGUGUGGGGGACAGUACUUGCCACUUUACUGAGCACAUGUAAAGCUAAAACCUCUGCUCCUCAGAGAUGACAGCCAGUACAGCCCAAGAGAACCGGCUGGGGCAAACAGCCACUUGUGUGUGGGGACAACAGAGUUUUCUCGUACAAUUAUUUUUGCAGGCAGUAUUUUUUUUGUUUUAAAUGAACGUGGGGGGAAAAAACCCAAACCCAAGCUGCGUUGGCGGUGCAUUUUGAACAAUUUCACAGCGCUUUUGCUAUACAGGUAAGAAUGUAUGAUGCUACUUCCCUUAUUCUGCUAAUGGGAGAGGUUGAGACUACUGGCCAAACUAUUAUUCAAAGUAAAAGUGGAUAAUGAGAGUUAAAAGGUUGCAUUUUACAUCAACUUAAGCCACUUUUGUAGUGAACGCUACUUACACCAAGGUGCCUUAAGAUUAUUUGCUUAACAUUUGCUAUGGAUAGUUUUAUAAAAAAAAUACUUUUUUUUUUCUUCAAAUCCAGAUUGUGACAUAGCACAGUACUAUUGUCAGAGCAAUUUCAAACCGGUGUAGCCCAUUCAAUAAAUAGACCUGCCGUGUCUCUGUUAAACGUUA